AUGAACAUCACCAAAUAUGGCCCCACAGAACCAGGAUACAUCUUUACCGCUCCAAGUCACCUUGUAACUCAAGGCGGGAAUCCUACAAUCUACGACACCGAUGGCGAACUAGUAUGGCAAGGACCGCACGGCAAUAUGACCUAUUUCCGGCCGGAGAUACUGCACGGCGAGCAGGUUCUGGUCUACUGGUCUGGUAUGGCAACUUCCAGGGGCUUUGGACAUGGGGCUUUUCAUGUGUUGAAUAACGCCUAUGAGGAGAUAUAUCGGGUAACACUAUCUGAGGAUGAGGGCUUUGUAUCUGGGCUCCCUGGGGAAACGCCCAAGUCGUAUAUUGAUGUGCAGGACGGAUUUGUCACGGAGCGAGGAACAAUUCUUGUUGGCGCGGUGAAUGCUACGCGGAUCGAUCCGCAGCAGGUUGAUGUCCCGGAUGGAGUGGAAUGGAUUUUCAAUGAUUUGUUUUAUGAGAUUGAUAUCGUGAGCAACCGUGUGUUGUUCCGCUGGAGUACCCUGGAGCACCCGGAGGCGGCGAAGCCGGUAGAUUCUCUGAAGCCUGUCGGGAAUGAUGGGAAGAAUAAAGAGAAUCCAUGGGACUUCAUGCACCUUAAUGGAUUCGUGCCUUAUGGUGAGGGUUAUCUCAUCUCGGCUAAUUUCAUGGGGGCGUUGUAUGCAAUCGGCAAGGAUGGGGCGGUUCAGUGGAAACUGAGUGGCCUAACAGGCGGCGAUUUCAAACUCGGCCCAGAUACCCAGUUUGCCGGACAGCAUAACCCCCGGGUAAUCAAACAAACUUCCGACACCCUCACCAUCUCAGUCUACAACGACGCAAAGGUCCCCAACCAAACUUUCAUCUCACCAUCCAGCGGCCUCCUGCUGGAUCUUAAUUUCACUUCCAGAACCGUCUCCCUGAAUCGGAAGCUAGACGACCCCUCCGAGCCCUUCUAUACCGAGUCUCAAGGGAACUGCCAAGGUCUCGACAAUGGCCAUUUCUUUGUAGGCCGGGGUUCGGUUCCUGAGAUCGAGGAAUACGAUGCGAAAGGGAAAUGUGUCAUGAGGGCUACGCUUGGAUAUGAACCCUAUUUUUGGGGAACUCAUACAGCUUUCCGGCUUCCGUGGGUUGGUAAGCCGAAUACAGCGCCAGAAGUAUUUGCUUGCUUGUCUCAUGGGGCGACAAUGGUGUAUGCUUCUUGGAAUGGGGCUACUGAUGUUCAGGCAUGGGAUAUCUGGACGGGGAAUCAAGGGGUUACCGGAGAGGAUGUGGAGUAUGUGACUACGGUGGGCAAAAAGGGAUUUGAAACGGAGGCUCGUCUUGACGGGAUACAUUCUACAGUAACGGUCAAGGCCGUGGGUGGACCGAAUGAUGAGAGACAGUCAGAGCAUGUUCGCGUACGGCAGAGUUGUUGA